ACACCAUUCGGGGGAAGAGGAGAGGCAGAUUUUCUGAAUAAAGAUUGGUGAAGAUGAGAGCUGAACGAGUGCAGUCGCUGGAUGCAGUACAGCUGCUAAAGGGUUUGAUUCACAGGCCACUGAAUACUCAGUUAGUGACAGAAAGAUUGUGGUUGGAGGCAGAGAGGAAGAAAGACAGAAUAGAAAGGGAAUGCGGAUGGUAUUAUUGGUGAGUUAAUAGAGGUUAGGCUUGGCAGUGCCAUUCCUGUGCUCACUAAAUCCACACUGAUGAAGCUCCUGGGCUGUAACAGGAGGAAUCUUUCAGUGAGAGCUGAAAGGAGGCUGGGAGGCUUAGCGCUGCCGCUUGGCUUCCAGUCUGGACCAGAUUUGCUUUUCAGGCCCAUGUGGGAGCAGGGCUGUGUCUUUAUUAAGGCUCGAGGAGCCCCUCGCUUUGGUGUCUCUUGCCGGACUACAGAUGAGAGCUGUGUGUGCUGUGCGGUUGCAUAAGAGAGGCACUUUCCUCCACUCAAACGCCGGCAGACUGCAAACACUGUGCGUGUGAGAGGAGCUGCAACCGGUGGCCACCAAAGACACACUUCCUAAUUCUGCAGAGUGCCGCAUCUCAGCGCCCAGAGAGUCCAUCUGUGAGGCAUCCAGUGGCUUCGUGGAAAGUUUUAAUAGCAAACGUGUGUUUGCGCUACCCUAUCGCCAUUUCCGUUCUGCCACUUGGAUAUGUUUGCGCCCGAGGGCCACCAGUGAGGCCGAACGGCACCUUGACAGAGAUGUGCUGCGACAAGACAAGGCCAAAGAAGCCGGGAGAGUGCUGCUGAGUGGUGAAAUAGGGAAGUGAAGCAGAAAGGAGGGCUGAAGGGGAUAUUUUUGAGGAACCCAUUCUGACGUCAGAAACAAAAAAAGAGAGAAGAAACUUUUCUCUAUUUGAGUAGAAAUGAUAUAAACGCACACACGAAAAAAGAGAGAGAGCGAGACAUCUUAUGUUCUGUAGACUCACAAGCUUACACAGCAAAAACAAAACAAAAAAAAGCCCAUAGAGCGAAUAGAAAAGGAAAAAGAAGCCACAGGCCUUUAAAUAGACAUCUUAAAAAAAAGAGAAGUGUGAAGUGGACAGACUGAGGGAGAAAGAGCGAGAGCAGAAGUUUACAUCAGUCUCUAAGAAAAGCCGAGAGUGGGAACCGGUGGAAACCAUCGUGGGACUCCAGUUGUCACUCUGGGAUUUACUGACAGGAGGUGAGGACGUGCAAGAAGAAGCUGAGGACCAAACGAAAAAGCCACACACUCAUAGGAAAGCAGGGGGGCUCAUGGGAAACCUCCUGAAAGUGCUGGCUUGCGCCGAACUUGAGCAUGGCCCAAUAGUUUUCCUUGACUUUGAACAUGCCCAGCCCACGGAGGCAGAGACGGCCGUGUGGAACCAGGUCAGCGCCGUGCUGGAGGAGGCUCACGGGAUCCUGGCCGAGCUGCAGUCCUACAACGGAGCGGGCCAGGAGAUACGAGAAGCCAUCCAGAACCCGGGCGACCUUGCUCUUCAGGAGAAGGCCUGGAACGCAGUGUGCCCCCUGGUGGCCAAGCUGAAGCGGUUCUACGAGUUCUCCCUCCGACUGGAGAACGCCUUGCGCAGCCUGCUGGAGGCGCUGACGAGCCCGCCGUAUGCUCCCAUGCAGCACCUGGAGAGAGAGCAGGCCUUGGCCAAGCAGUUUGCCGAGAUCCUCCAUUUCACCCUCAGCUUCGAUGAACUAAAGAUGACAAAUCCAGCCAUUCAGAAUGACUUCAGCUACUACAGGAGGACCAUAAGCAGGAACAGGCUGAACAACCAGCAGCUGGAAGCGGAGAACGAGGUUAACAACGAGAUGGCAAACAGGAUGUCGCUGUUCUACGCCGAAGCAACACCAAUGCUGAAGACUCUGAGUAACGCCACCACCAAGUUUGUCUCAGAGAAUAAGACCUUGCCCAUAGAGGACACCACAGACUGCCUGAGCACCAUGGCCUGCGUGUGUCGCGUCAUGCUGGAGACUCCGGAGUACCGCUGUCGGUUCACCAACACAGACACCAUGCUGUUCUGCAUGAGGGUGAUGGUGGGCGUCAUCAUCUUGUAUGACCACGUUCACCCCGUCGGGGCUUUCGCCAAGACCUCCAAAAUUGAUAUGAAGGGCUGCAUCAAGGUGCUGAAAGAGCAACCGUCUAACAGUGUGGAGGGACUCCUGAACGCACUGAGAUACACGACACGGCAUCUACACGAUGACAGCACCUCCAAACAAAUCAGGGCCCUCCUGCAAUGAAACAAAGAAGAAGCGACCAGGAGAGGAGGAGGAGGGGAAACGAAGGAGCGCACUUGAAGGAGGAGGAAACAAACGCUGAUAAACCUGUUUGUUUACAACGAACAAAGAGAAAAAUCAUCUCCGGGGUUAAGUGCGACCUGAUGACAAUAAGAAGAGGAAAAUAAUUAUAUAUAUUGUCAGCUGUCCAUCAUUCUGUCUCUCAUUUUGUAAAGUAAGAAAAGAAGAAAAAAAAGCCAGAAAAGAAGAUAUAGAUAUAUAUUAAGAAAAGUGAAACACUGAGCAGCAGGUGAAGAAUAGGUAGGAUUAAAGAGGAAGCUAUAUUGGAAGAUUUACGGUCAGAACCAACUGAAAGUGUACGAAACAAAAAAAAAGAAA